CUUCAUUGGGCCGCACCCCGCCGUCUGCCCCGGGGCCCGGUCCGCGCUGUGCCUCGCCAAUCGCUGCUGCGGGCGGAACCUCGGCUGAUCGUCGCCUCACGGGAGCGGGGAGGAGAAGUGGCAGCGGGCGACAGGAGGUCAUCGGUGGGAGCAGGUUGCAGACGCUCAGAGACAGACCGGGAGCCUCCUGCGGACGGAUUCAGUGCUCAAGAACAUUCCACAGAACUGAAGAGGUCAGACUUCCUUCUCAGACUCUCUGAGCAGCCUCCUAAGACCAGAAGUUAAGUAGAGCACAGGCCGUCUACAGGAGCAGGAGGAGGAGAGUUUGGUGGCAGACAAAAACACAUUGAUGGCAGAUAUGGCACUGCAAGUCACUGGUGAGGCGAGCAGAGGCCGCCCAUAUGCUGUUGAAGACAUUCCUAAGGACAAGAAGUGCGCGGUGAUUGGAGGCUCGGGCUUCCUGGGGCAGCACAUGGUUGAGCACCUGCUGUCGAAAGGCUUCGACGUGAAUGUGUUUGACAUCCGGCAAGGGUUCGAUAAUCCCCGAGUGCAGUUCUUCUUAGGGGACCUCUGCAGCCGGCAGGACCUGUUCCCAGCCCUGAAAGGCGUGAGCGUUGUCUUCCACUGUGCCUCCCCACCACCUUCCAGUAACAACAAGGACCUCUUUUAUCGAGUCAAUUACCUGGGCACCAAGAAUGUCAUCGACACCUGCAUGGAGGCGGGGGUUCAGAAACUCAUCCUGACCAGCAGUGCCAGUGUGGUCUAUGAGGGCACCGACAUCAAGAAUGGGACCGAGGAUCUCCCGUACGCCAUGAAGCCCAUCGACUACUACACGGAGACAAAGAUCUUGCAGGAGUGUACGGUCCUAAAUGCCAACGAUCCCGAGAGGAAUUUCUUAACCAUUGCCAUCCGUCCUCACGGAAUCUUCGGCCCCAGGGACCCCCAGAUGGUCCCCAUUCUGGUUGAGGCAGCCAAGACUGGCAAGAUGAAGUUCAUAAUUGGGAAUGGCGACAACUUAGUGGACUUCACCUUCGUGGAAAAUGUGGUCCACGGACAUAUCUUGGCUGCCGAGAAACUCUCUCUGGACUCGAGCCUCGGUGGGAAGGCCUUCCACAUCACCAAUGACGAGCCCAUCCCUUUCUGGACCUUCCUGUCCCGCAUCCUGCGGGGUCUCAACUACGACGCCCCCAAGUACCACAUCCCCUAUUGGGCAGCUUACUACCUGGCCUUCUUGCUAUCUCUGCUGGUGACAGUAAUCAGCCCCUUCAUCCAGCUGCAGCCAACCUUCACCCCAAUGCGGGUGGCACUGGCUGGCACCUUCCACUACUACAGUUGCGAGAAGGCCAAAAAGCUGCUGGGCUACCGCCCCCUGAUCAACCUGGAUGAUGCCGUGACAAGAACCGUGCAGAGUUUCCAGUACCUGCAGAGGACUGAGUGAGGAGCCUGGGCAGCCCUCAACGCACUGCCUCCUGGCAGACAGCUGUCUGCCCCGAGGACCAAUAAACCAGCAUUCCUAUG